AUCACAAUGUUGACAUUUCAGGCUUAAACAAUCAUUUGCUAUUAUUAUUCUAAAUAUACAAUUUUGUAAUGAGUAAUGACUAAACAAUAAUAUAAAGAAACGUAAUCAAAGUUCGCAUUAAUUUAUUCAUUGAAGCUAUGAUUAACUAGAGUGUUAAGCGGUGUAUGAUAUAGAUAGAUGAAGAUGGUCACUCAGUACAACUUCUCAUACUGUUCCCCAAAUGCUUCUAUUUGGGACGUUCGGGUUGAUAAUGGUGUUAACCCAUGUUUUAUGGACACACUAACUAGUUCUAUAAUUGCUGGAUUUAUUUUAAUAGCUGGAACAAUUCAACUAUAUAUAUACCGGAAAUAUGGAACAGAAGUAUCACCAGCGCACUUGCCUAAAUCAAAGCUCUAUUGUUUACAGAUAGUUAUUACUGUAUGCUUGCCGAUUAUUAAUGUAGUUAGACUUAUAUUAACGGCAACAAUAUUUGAAGACUCGGCAGUUUAUGGAUACAUGAUUACAUACCUCUUUUUGACAAUAUUUGCAUACCUUUAUUCAGGAUGGAUAAUCAAUAUCGAGCGACAUUUCCUAUUGCCAUCAGUGCCAACCAGAGGCCAUGGGGUAGUAUUAUUAUUGUUUUGGACGCUAGUAUUUGUUGCAGAGAAUUUAGCGUUUUUGAAUCUAAACCAAAAAGAUUGGUGGUUUCAACUGCAAGGCAUUACGAACAAGAUUCAAAUGUCUUUGUUCGUUGUGAGAUAUGUUUUAACCCUGGUGCUUUUUGCGUUGGGGCUGAAAGCUCCCGGAAUAAUUCAAAAUAUAGAUUAUUUCAAUUUAAAUGAUUCCACCAGAAACUUAGUACCCGGAACUAACGAAAAUGAAUCCACAUGGAGGAAUUUUUGGAAGAAGAUGAAAACUUUGAUGCCGUUUAUGUGGCCAAAAAAGGAUUGUGCAUUACAAUUACGGGUUGUAUUUUGCUUUUUUCUACUAGCUGGAGGAAGAGUGGUUAAUUUGUAUGUUCCACUCUACAACAAGCUUAUUGUAAAUUCGUUGUCUAAUGAUAAUGGUCAGAGUCCUAGCUUCAGAUGGGAUUGGAUUUUAAUUUACGUUGCUUUCAAGUUUCUUCAAGGUGGUGGAACCGGAGGUAUGGGAUUGUUAAACAAUUUGAGAUCAUUUUUGUGGAUAAGAAUUUCUCAGUAUACCACCAGAGAAACAGAAGUAGAACUUUUCCGGCAUCUGCAUAGCUUGUCUCUCAGAUGGCAUUUGAGCAGAAAAACGGGCGAAGUAUUAAGAGUUAUGGACAGAGGAACGGAUAGUAUCAACAAUUUGUUGAACUAUAUAUUUUUUUCAAUUACCCCAACUUUAAUAGAUAUUGUCAUAGCUGUGGUAUUCUUCUGUACCGCCUUUAAUGCUUGGUUUGGAUUGAUUGUAUUUGUUACUAUGAUGUUGUAUAUUGCCAUAACCAUUUGGGUUACUGAGUGGCGCACAAAAUUUAUUAGAAGAAUGAAUUUGGCUGACAAUGAAACCAGAGCUCGUAGUGUUGAUUCUUUGUUGAAUUUUGAAACGGUCAAGUACUAUGGUGCAGAAACGUACGAAGUGGAUGCUUUCAGAGAAGUUAUUUUUAGGUUUCAGGGCGAAGAAUGGAAAUCUAAUGUAACUUUGAAUGUACUUAAUACAGUUCAAAAUAUUAUUAUUUGCACUGGUUUACUAGGAGGAAGUCUACUUUGCGCCUACCUAGUAGCAGAUAAGCAUACCCUUACAUCUGGUGACUACGUUUUAUUUGCUACUUACAUUGUUCAACUUUAUGUUCCACUGAACUGGUUUGGCACCUAUUACAGGUCAAUUCAGAAAAACUUUAUUGAUAUGGAAAAUAUGUUCGAUCUACUUAAAGAGGAAAAAGAAAUAAUUGAUGCCCCUGGUGCUGGGCCUUUAGUGGUUAGAAGGGGUGCAGUCGAAUUCAGUAACGUCAGUUUCAGUUAUGUUCCUGAGAGACUAGUACUGAAAAAUAUUACGUUUACUGUGCCAUCCGGAAAAUCAGUUGCUUUGGUGGGACCAUCGGGUAGCGGAAAAAGUACAAUAAUACGAUUAUUAUUUAGAUUUUACGACGUAGAAAAUGGUGGCAUUGUAAUAGAUGGUCAGAAUAUAAAAACGAUUACCCAGGAAUCUUUGAGAAGAGCCAUUGGUGUGGUACCUCAAGACACUGUUUUAUUCAACAACACUAUAAAGUAUAAUAUUAAAUAUGGCAGAAUGACUGCAACCGAUGCUGAUGUGAUAGAAUCUGCGCGGGGUGCUGAUAUCCAUGAGAGAAUAUUAACAUUUCCUGACCAGUAUGAAACCCAAGUUGGUGAGAGAGGCCUUAGACUGAGUGGUGGAGAAAAGCAAAGAGUAGCUAUCGCUAGGACUUUGUUGAAAGCUCCAGCUAUAAUACUUUUGGACGAGGCAACUAGUGCUUUAGAUACUCAAACCGAACGUAAUAUUCAGGAGUCUUUAAAUAGAAUGUGUGCUAACAGAACGACUGUAAUAGUAGCACAUAGACUGUCUACUAUUAUUCACGUCGAUGAAAUAUUGGUUUUAAAAGAUGGAGAAAUAGUCGAGAGAGGAAAGCACGAGCAUCUAAUAGGCCAAGAAGGAGUAUACGCUAACAUGUGGAAACAGCAACUAGAAAACAGAGACAAUUCUUCUGCUGAAGGUAGCUUAGAGCAAAGCGUGAAUACGUAAAAUUAUUUUUUUACUCAUUCGUAGUCUAUAAAGUUGCCGAUAGUAAAAUGUUCCAAAUAUUAAUUUUACUGUUGUAUUUUAAUUAUGGCAAGAUUCAAUAUUUCCUAUUCGUAUCAUACUAAAUUACAUUUAUCUUACUAUUAAUUAAUUUAGUCAAUUUAUUUGGUUCUACUGUCCCAAACAUAACAUGGUUCAGAACGAGGAUACGAACACUUAUUAAAUUUGUUGAUACGUUA